CAAAAGCAGGGAGGAGGGAGGGAUCCAAGCAAGCAGGCGACGAAAAACCCUAAAAACCCUUCAGCACCUUGACUUCUUUCCUUCGCCCUCCAUCUCCUUGCUUUUUCCAGACAAGAACCCUAAACCCUAGUCCGAUAUCUUUCUCUCGCUGGAGAGAGAGCGAGAGAUUUAUCGCCUGCUUGGUAACGAUUGAAGCGUGAAGGUUGAAUCGAUAACCGUCGGAUUUAUUUGUUUAUUUAUUUAUUUUUCGGUUGUUUUGAGAGCUUGAGAGGAAUACGUGGUGGGAGGUGAGGGGAAGAGGGUUUUUUUGUUUAAACUUUCUGUGUGGUUCCUUUCCUGGAUUCCGUGCCCAAGAUGGGCGAUGAAGGAGUCAAGAAGAACGCGAACGCGAAGACGCUCCCGAGCGAUCCCAACGAAUAUAGGAUUCUUAAAGAAGGGGAGGCCGAGAUUCUGAUGCACGGGAACGAUGUGUUCUACAACAAAACACAGGUAGUUAACAGGGACUUGUCAAUAGCGGUUCUUAGAACAUUCAUAUCUAAACGAAAGGAAGAGCAGACAGCAAAGUGGAACAAAAAGGUCGAAGCUAGACAGACUGUAUCUGAAGUUGCCAAGUCCGAACCGGUGCCCGAGCGUGAAGGUUCACAUCGUAAUGAAGAAGCAAAUGGCCAGGAACAUGAAGUUGCUGCAGAUUCAUCAAAAGAUGAACCAGGCGAUGGUUCCGUUACAACCAAUUCUAUUAGUAACGGUCCUAACGGAGAUCCAAAGGAAGUUAAGCCACCCAAGAUUCUCGAGGCUUUGGCUGCUUCUGGACUAAGGGCAUUGCGUUAUGCACGUGAAGUUGAAGGAAUAGGGUCUGUUAUAGCUGUUGAUAAUGACAAAAUGGCUUUUGAAGCUUGCAAGCGAAAUAUAAAGCUUAAUGGUUCUCUUGCUUGCUCAAAGGUUGAGGCACAGCUUGCUGACGCUAGAGUCUAUAUGCUCACUCACCAAAAGGAGUUUGAUGUGGUUGAUCUAGAUCCAUAUGGGUCACCUUCGGUGUUCCUGGAUUCAGCAGUUCAGUCAGUUGUGGAUGGUGGCAUGCUAAUGUGCACAGCUACUGAUAUGGCAGUUUUGUGUGGGAACAAUGGGGAGGUCUGCUAUUCCAAAUAUGGUUCAUACCCUUCAAGAGGAAAGUAUUGCCAUGAGAUGGCUUUGAGAAUCCUCCUUGCUUGUAUAGAGAGCCAUGCAAACCGCUACAAGCGUUACAUCGUUCCUGUUCUUUCAGUGUCAGUGGAUUUCUAUGUACGGGUUUUUGUUCGCAUAUACACUUCUGCUAGUGCAAUGAAAAAUACUCCACUUAAGCUAUCAUACAUCUACCAGUGUGUUGGAUGUGAUUCAUUCCACCUGCAACCACUUGCUAGGACUGUUAGUAAGAACAACAGUGUCAAAUAUGCCCCAGGUUAUGGUCCUGUUGUACCUCAAGAGUGCACUGAUUGUGGGAAAAGGUUCAACUUGGCUGGGCCUAUAUGGUCAGCUCCAAUACAUGAGCAAGAAUGGAUUUCGUCUAUCUUAACAAAUAUCACUUCAUCCAAGGAACGAUACCCAGCAUAUGAAAGGAUAUCUGCUGUUUUAACCACAGUAUCUGAGGAGUUGCUUGAUGUACCUCUGUAUGUCAGUCUACACAAUCUGUGUGCCACCCUCAAGUGUACUUCUCCUUCAGCUGUUAUGUUCCGUUCUGCUGUAAUAAACACAGGGUACCGCAUAUCUGGAACUCAUGCUAACCCAUUGGGACUGAAGUCAGAUGCACCGAUGAGUGUCAUUUGGGAUAUCAUGCGAUGUUGGGUAAAGCUUCACCCGGUAAAAGCACAGCCAUCUGACCAAUCGGGGAGUGUCAUUCUGUCUAAGGAACCAACCAUUCAGGCGAACUUUGCUCGCGCACAAUCCUCGCUAAGCAAAGCACAGGCAAAGAAGAUUGCACGCUUCCUCCCGAACCCCGAAAACCACUGGGGCCCGAAGCCGAGGGCAGGAAGACAGAUAACAAGCAAGCAUGCCUCCCUGCUGGGGCCGGGAAAGGUCAACGGCCUCAAUGGGCAUGACAAUCAAACGAAUGAACUUUGUGAUCAAGCAAAUGAACCUGAGGCAAAGCGUCAGAAAUUAGACACUGCCGCUGAUUCAGAAUCGUGACAAAUUGGUAUGACUGAACUGCAAGCAGCCAUGCACCACGCAAGAGAGCCUUUUCCUUCGGAGGAGAUGCCAAGAAGUUUUGAUCGCAUUAUUGUGAUGCUUUUUUUGAAACUAUAGACAAGUAUGUGUAAUAAUAUUAUUCUAUAGUUCAAUCUUAAUUUUUGAUUUUCCAGAAAAAGUCAUUAUUUUUAUUCUUAUAAAAGAAUUUUGUAUAAAAUACAUUUUGCCUUCGUUCGCUAUACAUUUUUGCAGUCCGCCUCGUUCUCUCUCC